GCCUCCCUCCCUUCCCUCCGCUCGCCCGGCGCUCGCAGAGCCGACACCAGGGGGGCUCUCGAUGUAGCACCAUGACAGGCAUCGCCGCCGCCUCCUUCUUCUCCAAUACCUGCCGGUUCGGGGGCUGCGGACUCCACUUCCCCACCCUGGCCGACCUCAUCGAGCACAUCGAGGACAACCACAUCGAUACAGAUCCACGUGUUUUAGAAAAGCAAGAAUUACAGCAGCCAACCUAUGUUGCCCUCAGUUACAUUAAUAGAUUCAUGACAGAUGCUGCCCGCCGAGAGCAGGAGUCUCUGAAGAAGAAGAUUCAGCCAAAGCUCUCACUGACCCUGUCCAGCUCCGUGUCUCGAGGGAAUGUGUCCACUCCACCACGCCAUAGCAGUGGAAGCCUUACGCCCCCUGUGACCCCACCCAUCACCCCCUCCUCUUCAUUCCGCAGCAGCACUCCAACAGGCAGUGAAUACGAUGAGGAGGAGGUGGACUACGAGGAGUCAGACAGCGAUGAGUCCUGGACCACAGAGAGUGCCAUCAGCUCUGAAGCCAUCCUCAGCUCCAUGUGCAUGAAUGGAGGGGAAGAGAAGCCUUUUGCCUGCCCGGUUCCUGGAUGUAAAAAGAGAUACAAGAAUGUGAAUGGCAUAAAGUACCAUGCCAAGAAUGGUCAUCGAACACAGAUUCGAGUCCGCAAACCAUUCAAGUGUCGGUGUGGGAAGAGUUAUAAGACAGCUCAGGGCCUGCGGCACCACACAAUCAACUUUCACCCCCCGGUGUCGGCCGAGAUUAUCAGGAAGAUGCAGCAAUAACAUGCUGGUCAUAACUGUGCCAAGAAACCCUCACCAGCAGUUGCUGAUUUUGAAAACAGCCACCUUUUUUCAGGGGAAGCAUUCAGCAACCCUUUAAAGAAUUAAAUGCAUGCUUUAAAUUUUUCUGUAAUUUUGGAAUGACGUAACUUUGUAGAGGUUAAUGAUUUUGUACAUUUGCACAUGUAAUCAUCAUACCCAUUUUCAUUACGUUGAUAUAAGGUGCUAAACAAACAAAAAAGCUCUAGGUUCUUCAGCACAUUUCCCCCAAAACAAAAUAAAACUGAGGGCAUGUUGCAUUUUGUUUAGUUGUAUUGCAGUGAUAUCAAUGGGGGUGGGGGGUGGCACUGAGAUGUUUUCAAGAUUGUAAUGUGAUUGAAGUUUUUUCAACACAUCAACUCACUUAUGUUCAAAACCAAAAGAAUACCUUCAUUAUCAAACUGGUUAUCAUGCCUUACAUAAUGGAGUUAGUAUUUGUGAGUAGAAAGACUUUAGGUAAUGGAAAUAUAAAUAAGAAUGUUUAACAUAAUAUGCUAAAAAUAUUUUCAUAUUUAAAUAACAUGUUGAAGGUGUGCUCUUUGUGUUUUAUUAUCUUGCAAAUCCUUUUGCCCUCUAAAAAGCUGAAAAUCUUGCCAUCUAACUCACCAAUCAUUUCAGUGUUAUAAAUGACAUUUUUUUAAAAAAAAUUCUAUUCAUUCAUUCAUUUAAACAAUUUAUUCAGUGCCUGCUGGGUGCAAGGGAUUCACUUUGUAACUAUUAUUUGUGGACCAAGAUACAGUUUAGUGAAAUACAUCCUUGGAAUCUGUCAAAAAAAGUUUUGAAAUACUUAAGUGCAAAUUCUGUGUGUGUGAAAUUUAGUUAUAGCUUCAUCCUCAGAUGAGGUUUUCAAGCACUUUGUAGUUCUCUAUUGCCAACGACAUUUGUGUUGCCAAUUCCUGCAACCACACUGCCCUAACAUACCUGUGGGUUGCAAAUCCAAAUUAAAAUUCUAAGCAUGUUUCAAAGAGGAACAUUUUUGUGAAGACUCAUAUUGCCUCUUCACACUCAAUAGUGUUUUGAGACUUCCUUUAAAGGCACUUUUCCCAUCACAGUGUAGAUGUCUGCACUAUCACUGGAAAUGUUUGUUUAGCUUUAUAAAACAUUUUGCCGAAAAUAAGAAAAUGAGCCUUACUGACAAGUGCUUCUUGAAGCAGGUGGUCAAAGAAAAGAGACUAGACCAUUACGUGUGACCUACAUCUGGACCAUUCCUAAGUACCAUCUCCAACAGUACCAUCAUGCCUUGAGUGUUCGUUUCUCCCAAGUGCUAUUCCUUAAACACGAGUUUACCAGUUGCCUAAUUAUGCAAUAAAAAUCCCUUUGAGACAGCUAACUGCCCACAGUACAAAAUGGUGAAAAGUCAACUGGAAUUCCCUAUAAAGUAACUUUCUUCCUACGUUCCCAUUUGAUAAAAAGUCUUACACAUGGCUAAGAAGCCUCAAUUUUUCAGACAUUUUGAAAAAAUGACAAUUCUGUUAGAUGGGUGAGUUGUAAAUCCCUCAUAAAUAAAGAGAUUUAAAAGUAUGUAUAAAGAUACGGCCCAUUGAAGCUUUCCUCAGAUCUCUGAAGAGUAGUCUUGGUCCUGAAUAUACAGUGUUCUAUGUUUAAAAAGGUGAUCCAUACAUGAGAAUCAACUAGUUGGUGCAUAAGAACGCCCUACUUGGCUAUUUCCUAUCUACCUACAACUGACCAAAAAAAUAAAAAAAAUAGGUUUUAAGCCAGCAAUUAUUAUUUAGCUUUGCUCCUUCUAGUGCAAGAAAGUGCAGGCUGGAUCAGUAGUUCAACAGCUAGACAGUCAUAAAAUAGUCAUUGUGCAUGUUAAAUUUCUUUCAAUGAUAAAACAAAUUCCAAUUUCUAUUUGCUUAUUCAUUGUGACAGUAUUACUAAACAGGUAUGGAUGGGAAUAUUUUGUUAUACCGUGUAUAGUGAAUGUAUUGUACUGUGUCUGUGAAAACUGUGCUUUAAAUUAUAUUUUCAUAUGUUUUGUUGGGAACAGAGCACAUUAAGUUUGAAAGCAACAGAGGUUUUAGAAAUGAAGGCAACUUAAUCAAAAUUCCUGUCAAGAAAAGCUGCUUAAAUAAAUGUAAAUGAAAUCACAUUUAAAAUAAACUGCCUCUGGCCCAAAAUAAACGUGACUAUUUUCAUUAAUGCUCAUUAAAAAAAAAAAAAAACAACUCAAAAACCAGCAUCAAGUUUACCAUGGAAACUAAUAUAUCCAUUCAGCAUCUGGUUCUACCUUGGGCUCCAUGUUACUUUGCAGAAUUCAGAUGAUGCAUACAGAUUUUUUUCCCCUUAAUGUUUUGCUUAGAUUAGAACAUAUAAUUUUUCUACCACUAAUAAAUUACCUAUCACAAGCUUAGACCCAAACAUUAUU